UGUUGUUAACAUUAGCAAUGGCUUCAACUAAGUAAUCUGAGCUUCAAGCGGUAAAAAUCAACCGUCGCUAUCCGAUUGAUUUUUGUUGUAAAGGCGUUUUACAUAUAAUCAGUCUUGUUUAUUUUUUAUGUAUAUCGGUUGUGAAUGUGUACAAUGUAAAAGUAAACAGUGUGUUGUGUAUUAUAUUAAAGCUAAAUAGAGACGCGUUGCAUUUUGGGGUUUCUAGUAGUGUGUAGUGAAGAAAUGUGUUGCAAUGGCGGGUACAAUUCUGAAGUGGAAAAAUGUUGUUAACCCUACCGGGCCUCAACCUAGACCUCGCCAUGGACACCGUGCUGUUGCUAUUAAGGAUCUUAUGGUAGUUUUUGGCGGUGGAAAUAAUGGAAUAGUUCGGGAAUUACAUGUUUAUAAUACAGCUACAAAUCAAUGGUUUGUCCCUGUAACAAAAGGAGAUGUUCCUCCUGGCUGUGCUGCCUAUGGCUUUGUAGUAGAUGGUACACGAAUAUUGGUAUUUGGUGGCAUGGUGGAGUAUGGGAAAUAUUCUAACGAACUUUAUGAAUUACAGGCUUCACGUUGGGAAUGGAGGCAUUUAGAACCUAUUACAAGGGACAGUUCAAUACUACCACCAUGUCCAAGAUUAGGUCAUUCUUUCACACUUGUAGGAAAUAAGGUUUAUUUGUUUGGAGGCUUAGCCAAUGAUAGUGAUGACCCAAAAAAUAAUAUUCCUAGAUAUCUAAAUGAUUUAUAUACAUUGGAGCUACGGGGCAAAGAUGAGCCAAUAUGGGAUAUUCCUGACACAAGUGAAGAUAGGCCUCCACCUCGAGAAUCCCAUACUGGAGUUGCUUAUAUUGACAAAAAGAGAAAUAAAUCUUGCUUAAUUAUUUAUGGUGGUAUGAGUGGUUGUCGUCUGGGAGAUCUCUGGUUUCUUGAUACAAAUACGCACAAUUGGAGUAAACCCUUCAUUCGUGGUACGGUUCCUUUGCCUAGAUCUUUGCAUACGGCUACUUUAAUUGGACAUAGAAUGUAUAUUUUUGGGGGUUGGGUUCCUCAUUUAUUAGAUGAUGUUAAAACAUCAAACUUGGAGAAGGAAUGGAAAUGCACCAAUUCACUUGCAUGUUUGAAUAUAGAUACUAUGUCAUGGGAAGAUAUUCGAAUGGAUUCUUUUGAAGAAAAUGUUCCUGAUGCUAGGGCAGGCCAUUGUGCUGUAGGAAUUCACACCAGGUUGUAUGUAUGGUCUGGGCGAGAUGGCUUUAGAAAGGCCUGGAACAACCAGGUUAGGGUGUGUUGCAAAGAUUUAUGGUUUUUGGAAGUGGAUAAGCCUUCGCAAGCAGGUCGAGUUGCUUUGGUUCGAUCUUCAACACAUGCUUUGGAGGUUUGUUGGACUGGAACACCAACAGCACAAGCAUAUGUACUACAGGUUCAAAGAUAUGAUACACCUCAUGACUCACCUAAUUCUCUUAAUGCUUCAAAGGUUAAAAAAGAAAAUGAAAAAUUGCUCAAUAGCAAUUUGUUAAGCAGCCCUGCACCAGACAACAUGAUGAACAAAUCUGCAGAGAUGGCCGUUUCAAAUAACAACUUAUCCGUACAAAAUAAAGGUGCUCAUGUUCCAGAAGGUACAAUUCUCUUGAAAGAACAGUCACCCAUUCAUGAAAAGGGGGGUUUAUUGAAAAUUGUUCAGAAGCCUGCUGAUCAAGCUGUUCCCACUAAAAUUAAGACUGAAAUAACAACACCAGUGAAAAAAAAUGAUGUAUCAUUUGUACAAAUACGCAAACAAAUACCCGUUGGUGAUAUAAAGAAGGAAAUACUUAGCCCAGUAAAGGUCAAACAAGAACCUGCAGGACUAACUAGCCCGGUUUCUUCACCUGCAACAAUGUCUGCAUCUUUGAACAGUUCAAAAACAAUAAAUACAAAUACUGCUGUCUCAGCUUCACAGUCACUAACUGGGAUUCAGGCAUUGGCUGCAGCUGCAGCGGCAACUAAAAAAAUUGCAAGCCCGGGUCCUGCCACAGUUCAAAUGUCUAAUGUUGUUACUCCUACUGGAGGCACACAGGUUAGAAUGGUGCAGCCCCCUAAAGUUGUUCCAGUCGGCCCAGGUCAACCAGUGCGAUUUGCUGGUCAAAUAGGCACUCUUGUACGAACUGCUAAUGUCCAACAGCUGCCUCCUGGAGCCAAAUUCCAAGUGGUACAAAAUAAAGGUGCUGGUGGGCAAAUUGUGACAUUGGUAAAAACUAGUCAAGGAAUGGCUGUUCAAACUAUGCCAAAGGUUCAAACAAGCACACCUUUACUGCAACAAUGCAAAGUUCAAACUAGUAAGACGACAGGUUCUCCUACAAUUGUUAAAUUUGUUUCAGCAAAUUCAGUUGGAGGUAACAAGGUUGCACAAUUACAAACAAUAAAAGGAGGUGUUCCGUCUAUUGUUUCAAUGGGUAAAGCUUCUGGAAGUGGAAAACCAACAUUUGUCUUAAAACAAACUGGUAGUGCAGUCGGUGGUCGUCAAGUAAUGCAAGUUAUACCAAGUGGAGCUAAAACUAUUCAGGCAGCCUCUUCGCAGUUGUCUUCUGGAAGUCCAGUUUCAAUUCAAAACCAAACAGUAAAAAAAAUGAUUGUUGUUUCAAGUACAGCAAGUGGUUCUGCACAACAAAAUAUUGGAAAACCAAUUACUUUAACAGUGGCUGGCAGUCAAGGGCAAACCAAAACCAUUACAUUAUCGAAAUCUAGUAUUAUAACUCCUAGUACUGGAACCAUAAUUAAAAGUGCACCUCGUCAAAUAGUGUUACCUCAGCAAGGCUUACAUCAGAAAUCUAUUACCAUUGGUGGCAAGCCUGUGACGGUUCAAUUAGCUCCGGGCACUGGUGGUCCCAAAACUGUCAAACUUGUGUCUGGUGCACAAGUUACAGGUGGCCUGAAACAAAUUACUGUCAACCAAGCUGAUGGUUCCAAUAAGCCUAAAAUUAUGAUGAUUAGAACCAAUAGGCAACCUUCCACAUCUAUGUCUAUAGCUUCAACAACCUCCAAUGAUGUACCUGCUACAACAGAUGCUGCUUUGGCAGCCUUAGCGGCCGAAACAGGUUUAUUGAGUUCUGCUAAUUCUAGUGUUAUAGCUGAUCAAAACUCGGGAAUUCAGUGUAACACGGGUGAAGACGAUAGUUUAAAUUCUGAGUUAUCUGAAAAUGGUGAACAAAUGCAUCUGGAUUCAACCAUGAAUGUAUCAAAUAUGAUGGGACUCCGAGGUGGAAGUAUUGAAUAUAAAAAACUUGGGCUCAAAGGUGGUGGCCCAAUUAGAACUUCAUUUAACAAAGAUCACAGACAUCUUUCGCCAUAUUUUAGAAAAGACGGUCCUAGGAUAAGAUACAGGAAGUUAGGUCUUUAUGGUGGUUCUGCUAAUUUUGAUGACGAGGAUUCUAAUGUUGAUUCAACAAAGGUGGACGAUCAAGAUCUGUCAGAAAGCAUGAAUUCUGAAGAAAAUCAUGCAUGUGAUGACAAUAUGUCAUCAAGCAUAAAUGAAAAUGAUACAGAACAUAGAAUUGAUGCAAGUAAUGCUGGAGAAAGUACAGUUGAUAAAGAAUCAGAGAUAAAUGAAAGCACUAUGGAAACUGAUAAAGGCAUAAAAAAGCAACAAGAUGAUGAAAUUGAGAAGCUGAAUGAACCUGGUGUUGCUGAAGCUUUGGGUGAAGAGUCCAAGCUUGAUCCAUCUGAUAUUAAUGCAGAUUCACUCCAUUUGAAUGAUCUAGCACCAAUUCAAGAAUCAUCUGAAGCAAUGGUUCAAGACCAAAUUAUAGAAUCUAAAGACACUAAUGCUUCUGAGGAGGCUAGGACGCUUGAGGUGCCUGCCGUAUCCACAGUACCUGAGGUUCCACAUAUGUCUGAGGUCCCUGAGGAAAUACCCCAGGAACCUGUGCUAUCAGAUAUGAAUACUCCAGAAACACCUGCGGUAUCUGCAAGUGACAUGCCCUCUGAAUGUGAAGCGGCGCCUGAGAGUGAAAAGGCAAGUGCACAACCACUGAAUAUUACAGAGUCUGUAUAUAAUGAAAUGCAAAGUACAAAUGAUGUUCUAAUGAAUGAUACUCCUAGUAAAGUUACUGACAGUGAACCUAAUCAAGAAGAUAACCCAACAAUAAGCGCACAAGGAGAUUUAGAUACUCGAUUAUUAAAUGAUAUAAAGAUGGAAUGUGACAACCCUGAGGAGGAUUCAUCUAAUAUUUUGGCCGUUACAACUACAUCGUCUAUAGUGCAAAAGAGCAAUGAAUCUGUAUUCAAUAGUACCACGGCAAUUACAAAAGAAAACUCUACUGAAGUUAGUACUCCACUUCGUACUCUUGCUUCAGCAGCUUUGAAUUGUAGUAGCAAUACAAAAAAUGAUGUUUCUGAUGAUAAUUGUCUCAAGAUUCAGGAACAUCAAAAUCAAUCCCCUGGAUUCACUUCUGUUGUAAGUAAGAAGUCAGUUGACUCUGAAGGUGAAUGGAGUACUGUUGGUAUUAUUAAAGGAACCACCUGCAUUGUUCAGAAUUUCAUUGAUAGUAAACAAACUAUGAUAGAUUGUGAUAACUUAUGUUUGGAGAAUUUACCAGAUCUGACAAAUGUUCCAAAGAUAAAAUUAGAACCAGGAACUGCUUAUAAAUUUAGAGUAGCUGCAAUAAAUGUGUGCGGUCGUGGCGAAUGGAGUGAACAUUCAGCAUUUAGAACAUGUUUGCCUGGAUAUCCAGGAGCACCUUCAGCUAUCAAAAUUUCAAAGUCAACUGAAGGUGCUCACUUAUCAUGGGAGCCGCCACCGGCUACAAAUGAUUCGGAUACUAUUAUUGAAUAUUCAGUCUAUUUAGCAGUAAAGUCACAAAAUUCUCCUCCUCCAAAGCUGGCAUUUGUAAGGGUUUUCUGUGGAUCAACAAAUCAAUGUGUAGUGCCUAAUGCAUCAUUAGUGACUGCACAUGUUGACACCAGCACAAAACCUGCCAUUAUUUUCCGAAUUGCUGCUCGUAAUGAAAAAGGGUAUGGACCAGCGACGCAAGUUAGGUGGCUCCAAGAAUUAGCUUCUAAGGUAGCACAAAAACGCCAAGUUCCUGAAUCCAAAACGAGUGGUGCAACAUUAGUGUCUAAACGACCUAAAAUAUAAUAAAUAUAGAAUAUAUUUCUGGUAGGGAUAUCAUUAUGAACAAUUUUAAAAAAAUCUGAGAAAUAAUUUAGUUAGGUAAUUAUUUUAUAUGAUAAUUUUAACACAGCAAACUAAUUUAAGUCGAGCUAUAUUUAUAAUUAAGUGGUGAUCAACAUCAGAAGCUUUGUAUAUAUUUUAUAUGUCCCAUAUGAUCCCAACUGCAUAGCAUUAUAAUUGCAUUGGCUAUAUAGGAUUGUCAUUAUAAGUCUUGAUUGUACAUAAAUUAAAAUUGAACUGUACAUAUAUAUUUC